AUGAAAGUACUUAUCUUGGUUGCUGCUAGGCUGCUGCUUCUGCCGGCCACUGUUUGCCAAAGUGGUGUGAAAAAUGUUUCAGACAACUCAACAAAGCUGACCUUGACUAUUAAGAGUUUCCAUGAUGCUCCCUUAAAUACUUUCGAAGACUUCCCACUUUCUGACAUAGAGGGCUGGACAGGAGCCACCUCAACUGUGAAAAUAAAGUGCCCUGAAGAAAAUGAGUCAACUCUUCAUGUGAACAAUGCCAGCAUGGGUUACCUGAGGAAUUCCUUAAGCACCAAACUGAUACCUGCCAUCUACAUCCUGGUGUUUGUGGUUGGUGUGCCAGCAAACAUUGGGACCCUGUGGAAGCUCUCCUCAAACACCAAGUCCAUCUGGCUGGUCAUCUUUCACACCAACCUGGCCAUCGCGGAUCUCCUUUUUUGUUUUACGCUGCCAUUUAAGAUCGUCUACCAUCUCAAUGGGAACAACUGGGUGUUUGGAGAGGUCAUGUGCCGCAUCACCACAGUCAUUUUCUAUGGCAACAUGUACGGUUCCAUUCUGAUCCUCAUGUGCAUGAGCAUCAACCGCCACCUGGUCUUGGUCCAUCCUUUCACAUAUCAUAAGCUGCCCAAACGCAAAUUCACUUUGCUCAUGUGUGGCCUGGUGUGGGUCGUGGUUUUCUUGUACAUGCUGCCGUUUGCCAUCCUGCAGCAGGGGUAUCGCCUCGUCCAGCCAGAGAUCACCACCUGCCACGAUGUCCACAGUACAUGCGAGUCCCCGUCUCCCUUCCAGUUCUGCUACUUCAUCUCCUUAGCACUCUUUGCAUUCCUCAUCCCAUUUGUGGUUACUGUCUACUGUUACGCAACUCUCAUCCACAGACUUAAUGCACAGGAUCGGAUACGGCUGACGUAUAUCAAGGCUGCUCUCCUCAUUCUGGUGAUUUUCACAAUUUGCUUUGCUCCCACCAACCUCACGCUCAUAAUUCACCAUGCCAACUACAACUCCACUGACAGCUUGUACUUUAUGUAUCUCAUAGCUUUGUGCCUGGGCAGCCUGAAUAGUUGCCUAGAUCCAUUUCUUUAUUUUGUCAUGUCAAAAAUUGUAGAUCAGCUUCCUUCCUAG